UUUCCCCAGUCUUUUUUUUUUCUAACGGCGACAUGUCACACUGCGCCAACAACUUUCCUCGUAUGCUGAGGCCUAUAUAACUGUUCAAUAGACGCUCUGCAUCCUUGUAGUACACUCGAAAAUGGAUUCGUUUAAUGCGGAGUCACGUGUUUCGAUCGCUUCGGUGACGGCUCGAUUCCAACCAACCGGCGGCGGUGUCCAAGUGUACAACGUCCUCUACUUGCCGUCGUUGCAAAACGUGGUGAGCACCAGUUUCAAAGACGCCUCACUCGAGUCGACUUAUCAACGAUAUUCACACUGGCAGCGCCAGAAAUCGCUGAUUGUCGUCAACGCCAUUGACGUUGUUCUCAAAAUCAUCACCGCCGUGCUUGUUGUAACGCACCAACUCGGGAAUUCCCCCGGGACCCAUGUCAAAUGUCCUACGUCGUCCGAGUGCUACUACAACAAUUCGUCGGGUUCUAAUCAAUCACAAGUAGAAGAUGAAUUCCCAACUAUAACUGUGAUUUCUGCGUCUGGUUUGAUUCUACUGAACCUCGUGAUUUUUUCGCUUACCGUUUGUUGGAAAAGUUUCGCUCGUAAUUACCUUCACCUGGCCGCCCUGGCCACUUGGCUCCUCAUGAACUUUCAAGUUUAUGUAGGUCUGGCCUUUGAAGAAAUUGGUGGCACCGGCGUGCAACUUACCUCGCACAUGGUGUGGUACAUCUUAUUCAUCAUAUUCGCCACUUACGUCAUGUUGCCCUUGCCACUUUUAUGGGCCGUGUUAGCGUCUGGAGCUUCAGUUGUUAUCCACCUUAUCACUUUCCUUGUGUUGGUCAUUAUUAAUCCGUCGUCUCCUUGGGAGAACGAACACUGCAUUGCGGUCAGCAGCUGCGCCGAUUUGGUCCUCUACAUCGCCAUGAAUUUCGCCGGAUUGUACGCCAAAUACCUGACGGAUCGGGCCGGAAGGAAAGCCUUUGCCGAGACGUGGCGAUCCUACGAAAUUCGACUGAAAGCAGAAAGGGAAAAUGAGAAACAAGAAAAGUUGCUAUUAUCAGUGUUGCCACCAUUUGUGGUUGCGGAGAUGAAACGAUAUUUCGAGGAAGAGGACAAAGUCGAAGUCAAUCGCAACGGGAGCGUCGUCGUUCCCAAAGUGGUGGAAGCUUCGAUAGCGGCGGCCGUGGCCGUCGUCGCCUCCGAUCCCGUCCCGCAAACCUUCCACAAGAUUUUCCUCCACCAUUUCGACAAUGUCUCCAUUCUUUUCGCCGAUAUCAAAGGAUUUACAGAAUUGGCUAGCAAAUGUACUGCGCAGGAACUGGUUCGAGUGUUGAACGAUCUCUUUGCCGAAUUCGACCGAAUUGCCGAAGAUAAUCACUGUUUGAGAAUCAAAUUGCUGGGCGAUUGCUAUUACUGCGUUUCUGGGCUACUGGAAGCUCGAUCCAAUCACGCCGACUGCUGCGUCAAAACGGGACUGGAGAUGAUUAAAGCCAUUCAAUUCGUGCGCCAGAGAACUCGGGUGGAAUUGGACAUGAGGAUCGGCAUUCAUUCCGGCUCCGUUCUAUCCGGCGUCCUUGGCGUCCACAAGUGGCAGUUCGACGUCUGGUCGAACGACGUCACCCUGGCCAAUAAAAUGGAAUCGGGUGGCCUUCCCGGGCGGGUCCACAUAUCAAAGGCCACGCUCGAUUGUCUCGUCGAUACUUACGAAAUCGAGCCAGGCUACGGCGCCACUAGGGACGCCUAUUUAAAGGAACACAAGGUGGAGACUUACUUGAUCGUCGAUAAGCAACACGUGAAGCAACGACUCAAACCUAGACGACAGAGUCUUCGUCAACUUGUGCUGGAACGUCGGUCCAAUACUUCUUAUUCGAAAUUUGACAUUCAGAGGGGGAAAGAAGAGGAGCUCAACACAAUCAUAAGGAAUCAAACAGCUGAGAAUAGCCUCGUUCCAGUGGCUUCUAAAAGACUAUCCAUAGAAGAAGACUCGAUCAUCUUGGACUCUAACCGACCACUGCCCAGCUUCAGGAUCACUAUUGACGACGUUAAUAAUACUCAAUCUGACAAAAAUGAAGAUCAGAUUUCGAUUGGCGACAUCUCCGACGACGAUGAGUCUCCACAUCACCUGCAACUUUGCGGUGCGCCAUCGUUGGCCUCAUUGUCUUCCGCCAGUGAGUUUAUUCCGUAUCCAAUGAGUUCCUCAUUCCGGAAGGAUCGCCUUUCCAUCGACAGUGGCAGCUCACAAAGAGUCUCGAUUGAGAUCCCAGUUCAAAUGUUGAGCCUUCAAGAGGAAGUGGAUCAAAUCAUCGAUGAUUCAAUCGAAAUGGAUUCCAUCAAGCAGAUUCGUGACCAACAUGUCCAUCCUUUGACUCUACGAUUUUUGCUGCCCGACAUGGAAUCCACCUUCAGCAAUAUGCGAGAGAACAUUUACAAAUCCAACGCCUUCAGCGUCUUUAUUAUUUGGAUUCUGCUAGCCGCUUCAUUACUCAUUGCAAUCCCGAUGACGGUGGGUUUAUGGGUCACCGCAGCUUCGGCGACCAUCAUAUUAACAGCGGCAGUCAUUUUGGCGGUGGCAGAAGAACUACCUUGGUUACCUGCCAUUUGGAUGAAACGAGUUUCCAAUAAAUUGACAGAAAACCGGACCCUGCGCAACUUGCACAUCUGUUUCAUCGUUGGCAUCAUCUUCUUAGCCACUAUUAUUAAUAUGGUUUUAUUUGCGGACUACAUGACACAUCUCCAAGUGCCGGUCUACCAUCUGGAGAGUCAAAAAAAUUGGUCAGAGUCAUCUCAAUCGAAUUUCACUUUUACUUCCGCUUUGAAUGAGACCAGCAUUGUAAAAGCGACGUGUCUGCUACCUCAGUAUCAGAUGUACACCUGGGUAUUGGCCAUGGUGUGUCUGGGUACAUUUCUCAAAUUGAGUUACAUCAUCAAAUCAACCGUUCUACUUCUGAUGGCCAUCGUUUACACGAUUCUGAUGACGGUAGUUUACCCGGAAGUCUUUGGUGAGAUUCAGGGAGACUUUGAGCUGUAUGCGACGGAACGAUGGUCUAUGCUGGUCCUGAUCCUCCUCUUCUUUUACGUUGUGGGUUACCAGUCGCGAUUGGUGGAAGUGAAUUCCCGGCUGCACUUUCUCGGCAAGCAGCAAGUGGAUCAAGAGUUGAAUGACAUUUCCGAAACGCGGAAAUACAAUACCCAAUUGUUGAAAAACAUUCUACCCGACCAUGUGGCGAAUUAUUUUUUGGCAACCGAAUCCAACCAACGGAAAAAUGAUGAUCUGUUCUCGCAAGCUAAAGACGGUGUAGGUUGCAUGUUUGCCAGCAUCCCCAAUUUCAGCGAUUUCUACUCGGAGGAUUUCAACAAAGGAGAGGAAUGCAUCCGCUUACUCAACGAAAUCAUAAUUGAUUUCGACGAACUGCUAGACGAUAGCCGGUUUUCUUCUGUUGAAAAAAUCAAGACCAUUGGCUCUACUUACAUGGCCGUCUCUGGACUGGUCAAUCCAACCGAGUGCGACCCAACAGCUAAUAACGGAAACCAGCACGAUGAAUAUUGGCAUCUUACAGCUCUGACGGAUUUCGCAAUGGCUAUGAAAGACCGUCUGGACGAAAUUAAUCGCAAUUCUUACAAUAAUUUUCAACUGAGAGUUGGUCUAGCUGUUGGUCCGUUAGUGGGCGGAGUCAUUGGCGCUGGUAAACCCGUGUUCGACGUUUGGGGCAACACGGUGAACGAAGCCUCACGUAUGGAUUCAACCGGUCAAAUGGGCAAGAUUCAAGUCACCCGCGACGUCUACCAGAUUCUGUCUGAACGAGGAUACAAGCUGCAGUCGCGUGGUUUCGUUCAAGUCAAAGGCAAAGGUCAAAUGGAGACUUACUUUGUAUUGGGCAAAGAAACGAGUUCGGCAACGGGAGUCGUCCGACAGCAGACGUCCGUCCGAAAUUCAUGGGCCGCCGUCGUCUACAGAAUGGCCUCCCGAAAUCACUCGACAACUGCGAGGGCGACAACUCGACGAGAAGUUGGACCAACUGCUGCUGCCCAAAAAACCGCAUUCUCCCGAUUGAGAACUUUCCCGACUAGACCACCCCGCCCACACACGACAAAGCCUAAUUCAGGCGGGUUCAUUAAGGCUGGCCUUCAUCCAAAGGGUAGGGAGAACACUAGCCAUGUUGUCUCGCCUUUAACCAGACCAUUUUCUGCACGAUAACAUUCUUAGAACUUGGAAAGCUUCUGCCACCAAUCGCAUCUUCCAAAUAGUCGACUUAACCGAGAUCCAGUUAAACCGGAGUUGAGAGCAGGCCCUGGACAUUCUUUGCCAAUGAAUAACGUUGGGGUGAAAUCAAACAGACGACUUUAUUCCAGGAUCACACGUUGAAAUGCUUAAUAUUUAUGUGUAAAUUAAUAAUUGGGUUGAUACAAUCA